AACUCCUGGGCUCAAGCGAUCCUCCUGCCUCAGCCUCCCAAAGUGCUGGGAUUAUAGGUGUGAGCCACCGUUCCCAUCCUCGAGGUGGUUUUGUGGGAACCAAACCAAGGGUCUCCUUUCUUGGAAGGCAUCCAACCCGGUUCUGAGUCAGACCAGCUUUCAAUCCUGGCUUCCCCAUGCACUGGCUCUGUGUCAUUGACCAAGUCCCCCCACUUUUCUAAGCCUUAGGCUCCGCACCUCUGAAAUGAAGCUGGUCAUGUCCGUCUCCUGGGGCUGUGGAGAGGAUGCAGGGAGAUGAGGAAACGAAAGCCCCUCCCAGGCCUGGCACAGCCGCUAGGCUCUCUAAAUAGUGGCUAUUGUCAUGAUGAUAAGGGAGAGGAGGAUCCGGUCUGCAGUUUUCUCUGCUCUUAGAAGACUUUGUGAAGAGCAGUUGGGUUCCACUCCAAACAGUGGCCUCGAUGGGGUUGGGGCUGGGGCUGCCCUGGAAACUAGACAUUCACGUCACGGGAGCCCAGUUCUGCUGUUGGUUUGUUGAACACAUGUCCACGAUGCCACGGGCACUGCGGACAUGGGACUCUGCCCCUAGGGAACACCCAGAUUGGUGUGGUGGAAACAGACACAGUUGUGGACUCCGGAACAAUUCCCCCUGCGGUGUGGCCCCCCAAGCACGUAUCACAGGUGGCAGCAAUGCAGUCCCCGGUCAGUGGCCCUGGCAGGUCAGCAUCACCUAUGACGGCGUCCAUGUGUGUGGUGGUUCUCUGGUGUCUGAGAAGUGGGUGCUGUCAGCUGCUCACUGCUUCCCCAGCGAGCACAGCAAGGAAUACUAUGAGGUCAGGCUGGGAGCCCACCAGCUGGACUCCUACUCUGAGGACAUCAAGGUCAGCACCGUGGAGUACAUCAUCCCCCACCCCAGCUACCUCCAGGAGGGCUCCCAGGGUGACAUCGCACUCCUCCAACUCAGCAGCCCUGUCACCUUCUCCCGCUACAUCCGACCCAUCUGCCUCCCUGCAGCCAACGCCUCCUUCCCCAACGGCCUCCACUGCACUGUCACUGGCUGGGGCCAUGUGGCCCCCUCAGUGAGCCUCCUGGCACCCAAGCCACUGCAGCAACUUGAGGUGCCUCUGAUCAGUCGUGAGACGUGUAACUGCCUGUACAACAUCAACGCCAAGCCUGAGGAGCCACACUUUGUCCAGGAGGACAUGGUGUGUGCCGGCUACGUGGAGGGGGGCAAGGACGCCUGCCAGGGUGACUCUGGGGGCCCACUCUCCUGCCCUGUGGAGGGUCUCUGGUACCUGACGGGCAUUGUGAGCUGGGGCGAUGCCUGUGGGGCCCGCAACAGGCCUGGUGUGUACACUCUGGCCUCCAGCUAUGCCUCCUGGAUCCAAAGCAAGGCGACAGAACUCCAGCCUCGUGUGGUGCCCCAAACCCAGGAGUCCCAGCCCGACAGCAACCUCUGUAGCAGACACCUGGCCUUCAACUCUGCCCCAGCCCAGGGCUUGCUGAGGCCCAUCCUUUUCCUGCCUCUGGGCCUGGCUCUGGGCCUCCUCUCCCCAUGGCUCAGCGAGCACUGAGCUGGUCCUGCUUCCAGGAUGGAUGCAUCACACCCAAGGACAGGAGCCCGGUGUUUCCCUGAUGGCUUUUGGACCCAGGGCCUGGCUUGAGCCACUCCUUCCUCCAGGACUCUGCGGGAGGCUGGGGCCCCAUCUUGAUCUUUGAGCCCAUUCUUCUGGGUGUGCUCUUUGAGACCAUAACUGAGAGUCAGGAGUUUCACUGCCUGUAGCGAUGGCCAGAGCCUCUGGCCCCUCCUCCACCGUGGACCAGCCCAUUGGCCAAGCUCCUGGGACCCUUGGCUAUGAAAAUGAGCCCUGGCUGCCACCUGUUUCUGGAAGACUGCUCCCAGCCCACCUACCCAGCCUGAUGGGCACAUGCCUCUGCCCUCUCCCUGUGUUCUGGGCUGGGGCUGCCUUUGUGCAGCUUCGAGGACAGGAAAGGCCCCAAUCUUGCCCACUGGCCGCUGAGUGCCCCCGAGCCCUGACUCCUGGACUCUGGAGGACUGAGCCCCCACCGGAACUGGGCUGACGCUUGGAUCUGGGGUGGGGGUAACAGGGCAGAAAGGAUUAAAAUGUUUGAGCACAA